AUGUUCCCCAUAGAUGCCUCUCCGGUCCUGGGCAGAGAUCCAGCCUUCAUGGAGUCCAUCAGUAAAACCAUGAGGGUCCCAGAGAGGCUCAGUGUGGGACCAGGACCAGACCAGGACCAGGACCAGCACCAGACCAAGCCUCCGGUCUACAGCAUGCAGGUCCCAGACAGACUCACAUACGCAGCAGCGGAGCUCAGUCCCAGACCUCAGUUUGGUCCAAAGUCCAGACUCGAGGUUUGUGUGGAAAGUCCUCAAGAGAUCCACAGGGACCAGCAGCAGAGUCCGAUCCGUCGUUCGAUGAGUGACCAGUGCUUUGCGAGGACCCCCCCAGGGACCCCCCCAGGGACCCCCCACAGAGCCAUGGUCCUGCCGAGACCACAGGGGACCAGUCGUCGUCUCGUGGAUCUCCCCCCUGUGUCCCCCUCUACCUCCUCCCUCCCUCCCCCAUCCGCCCACUCCCUGCUGCAGAUGACUCUCCAGGCCUCAGCGCGCCUCCUGCAGGCCGCAAGCCGCAAGUGUCUGGGGACAGAGCCUCCUCAGACUCCUCUCAGAGCUGAGACAGUCCCGGUGCAGAGCGACAGCAGGAGGACAGAGUCGUGGGUCGCGGAGGACGAGGGAGGAGCUGCUGUGGAGCUGAUCGUCCUCAGGAGACAAGUGAGUGUCCCCCACAGGCCUCACCCUCAGGGUGAGGGAGAGUCCCCCACAGGCCUCAGCCUCAGGGGUGAGGGAGAGUCACCCACAGGCCUCACCCUCAGGGUGAGGGAGAGUCCCCCACAGGCCUCACCCUCAGGGCCUCACCCUCAGGGUGAGGGAGAGUCCCCCACAGGAGUGUCCCCCACAGGUCUCACCCUCAGGGUGAGGGAGAGUCCCCCACAGGCCUCACCCUCAGGGUCUCACCCUCAGGGUGAGGGAGAGUCCCCCACAGGUCUCACCCUCAGGGUGAGGGAGAGUCCCCCACAGGCCUCACCCUCAGGGGUGAGGGAGAGUCCCCCACAGGAGUGUCCCCCACAGGCCUCACCCUCUGCUCUCAAACUCUUGCCUUUGGUCAAACCCAAACUAGAACCCACAGGAGACCAGGAGGAGACCGGGAGGAGACCAGGAGGAGACCGGGAGGAGACCGGGAGGAGACCGGGAGGAGACCGGGAGGAGACCGGGAGGAGACCGGGAGGAGACUGGGAGGAGACUGGGAGGAGACUGGGAGGAGACCGGGAGGAGACCAGGACACAGAGGACUGUUCUGAAGAUGAGUCGUCGUUUGGCUGCUCUGGAGCGACACAACUGUGAACGUCAGAACACGGAGCUGGUUCUGUUCUGUUUACUCGGAUCUGCCUGUCUGCUCAACGCCUGGCUCUGGAUCCGACGAUAA